AAAAAAAAAGAAAAAACAAAAAAGCAACUAUGUCCUCGAUUGUAACAAUAUAAUUUAUUACCAUCUUAUAAAAAGUAAACAAUAUUGAUUAAGUAUAAUAUUUUUUAAAAAUGGAUAAACAAGCAGAAAGAUUAUAUGAUAUUGUUAAAAGUGGUACUAUGAUAAAAAGAGCGCAAAAUAAAAAACGUUAUACACCUGUUAAUUAUAAACAAAGAUGGUUUGAAUUAACUAAAAAAUCUUUAUCAUAUUAUGAUAAUGAAAAUAUUGAGAGACGCCGGGAACGUGGUCGUAUUCCAAUAAAAGGAGUUCGCCUAGUCGAAAAUGCUGAAUUAAAUGGAGAUUGUGGUGAUCCUUUUGCACCAGAGGGUUUUUCAUUUCAAGUAGGUUAUUGUGAAUUAGAUGAUAAAUUAUCUGGAAGAACAAUUCCUCAAUAUACACUAUAUUUAGUAUCGGAAAGUGAAAAAGAACGUUUUGAAUGGAUUAGAGCUAUUAGACAAGUUUGUGAAGAAACAAAUACACAAAAAUCAUUUAGAUUUCAUAUUGGAUUAUGGAAUGGUAAAAAGUGGUCUUGUUGUCGAAGUAUAAAUCGAGCGACAUUUGGUUGUCAAGCAGCAACACAUUGGCGUGAAACAAACAACAAUCCAAGUACCGAAAGUUCUCCUGCACAAAAUUCAACACGUAGUAUAAGUCCAAAUAAUUCAACAUCAAAUUCGAGCCCAUUUGGUUUACAUCAUAAUAAUUCAUCCGGUUCUGGUAGUUUAGGUAGUUCAACACCCACAUCAGCCCAUCCACAGUCAUCGGUUUCAACAUUUAAAACCAGCACAAUUGCAAACGGAAACAGUGUAAUAAAUUGUGAUACCACAAUGCCAGGUGGUAUCCCAACACCAGGCACUCCAAAUUCUAAAGCGAAAGACAAUUCUCAUUUUGUAAAAAUUGUUGUAGCACUAUAUCCAUUUAAGGCUAUAGAAGGAGGAGAUCUUUCCUUAGAAAAGAAUGCCGAAUAUGAAGUCAUUGAUGACUCUCAAGAGCAUUGGUGGAAAGUCAAAGAUCAGCAUGGAAAUAUUGGAUAUAUUCCAAGUAAUUAUGUUAAACCAAAAGCCCUUCUUGGACUUGAAAGAUACGAAUGGUAUGUUGGAGAUAUGUCAAGACAACGUGCUGAAUCAUUACUUAAACAAGGUGACAAAGAAGGAUGUUUUGUAGUUAGAAAAUCUUCCACAAAAGGUUUAUACACAUUGUCAUUGCAUACCAAAGUUCCACAAUCUCAUGUUAAACAUUAUCAUAUUAAACAAAAUGCUCGGGGUGAAUAUUAUUUAUCUGAAAAGCAUUGUUGUGAAACAAUUCCUGAUUUGAUUAAUUAUCAUCGUCAUAAUUCUGGUGGAUUAGCAUGUCGAUUAAAAUCUUCACCUUGUGAUAGACCAGUACCACCGACAGCUGGAUUGUCACAUGAUAAAUGGGAAAUACAUCCAAUGGAAUUAAUGCUUUUAGAAGAGCUUGGAUCUGGUCAAUUUGGUGUUGUACGUCGUGGAAAAUGGCGAGGUUCUAUUGAUACAGCAGUUAAAAUGAUGAAAGAGGGUACCAUGUCUGAAGAUGAUUUUAUUGAAGAAGCAAAAGUCAUGACAAAAUUACAACAUCAAAAUUUAGUUCAACUUUAUGGUGUCUGUUCUAAACAUCGACCUAUUUAUAUUGUUACUGAAUAUAUGAAACAUGGUUCAUUAUUAAAUUAUUUGAGACGUCAUGAAACAUCUUUAAUUGGUAAUAUGGGACUUUUAUUGGAUAUGUGUAUUCAAGUUAGUAAAGGAAUGGCAUAUUUAGAACGACAUAAUUAUAUACAUCGUGAUUUAGCAGCAAGAAAUUGUUUAGUUGGAUCAGAAAAUGUUGUAAAAGUUGCUGAUUUUGGUUUAGCACGAUAUGUAUUAGAUGAUCAAUAUACUAGUUCUGGUGGUACUAAAUUUCCUAUAAAAUGGGCUCCACCAGAAGUACUAAAUUAUACAAGAUUUUCAUCUAAAAGUGAUGUAUGGGCAUAUGGAGUGUUAAUGUGGGAAGUAUUUACUUGCGGUAAAAUGCCUUAUGGCCGUCUAAAAAAUACAGAGGUUGUUGAACGUGUACAACGUGGAAUAAUAUUAGAAAAACCAAAGUCCUGUGCCAAGGAAAUUUAUGAUGUAAUGAGAAAAUGUUGGUAUCACAGUCCAGAAGAACGUCCCUCAUUCCGUCUUCUUAAGGAACAGUUAGCAUUAAUAGCCCAAACUUUAACGGAUUAAAUUUUUUUUUAUAUGAUAUAACUUUUAAAAUACUUUAGAAAUUGUACAGCAAGAUUGGAAUCCCUAUCCAAACCAUAGUCCUCGAAAGUAGCUGGGCACAAUGUAAACACUGUGAGAUAUUUCGGUUGUAUUUCAAUUUGCCUUACAUCCUCAAUGUAUAUUUCACCGAAAUCUACGGUAUCAGAACCCUUUAAUGUUAA